AUGCCUCUCACGGAGAAUCAGACGUCACUCUACAUGCAGACAACAGAGUAUAUGGGAGUCCAGACGGAGGAGUCGUCUGAUCAGACUUCAAUGGACCAGAUGGGGCUGAUGGAGGAGGCGAUGGGAGGAAUCAGCAACCCCAUGCCGGCCUCCGAUCCUGACAACCCCCAGAACUGGCCUCUGCACCGGAAAGUCUACGUCACUUCCGUCUCAUUCUCAUUUGCUUUUGCAGUCGCAUUUGGGCUCACUUCGUACACCAUUGGGAUUAGCGAUGUGGUCGCAGAGUUUAACAUCUCAAUGACCCUCGCCAUCGCUCCAUUCUCACUUUAUCUUGUCGGCAUUGCUUUUGCCCCGGUACAUACUCCUCAUGUCACGGAAAGAUUUGGCCGUGCACCAGUCUACUUCGUCAGCCUCCCAAUUUGCGCCUUGUUUCUCCUCGGGACCAGUCGAGCUCAGAGCAUUGGUGCGCUAGCGAUCCUGCGAUUCUUCGCCGGUCUUGGAGGAGGCCCGUGUCUCGUGCUCAUCGAGGGUACAUUCGCAGAUGUUUGGCCUGCGAAGACCACUGUGACGUACUACUCGGGCUUGACUCUAGCCUCAUAUCUCGGGGCUGCGUUCGGUCCCAUCAUCCUCGGGAACAUCGUCCCAAGCACGUCCUGGCGGUGGACAGCCUACGUUUCCCUAAUGGUUUGCCUCGCGGCAUAUCUGCUCGGCAUCGGGGCGCCUGAGACAUAUGCUCGAGAAAUCAUCCGCACGCGAGCCAGACGCGCAGGCAGACCUCAUAACCUUCCUCCAGCUGAAUCAGGGACCACCCUCCGUCGCAUGGCGAAGCUGACCAUCGUCGACCCUCUCGUCAUGGCAUUCACCGAACCCAUAGUCAUCAUGACUACGCUAUACGUGUCCUUCGUCUUCGGGACGACUUUUCAAUGGUUCGUUGCCGUCCCCGCAGCCCUGAAUUUGACGUACGGAUUCGGCAUCCGCGCCUCAGGGCUAGCGUUCAUUUCCGCGGUGGUCGGUGCCUUGCUUGCCGCCGGCACGGCGACAUUGAUCGAGCAGUUCCUGAUCCUCUGGAAGCUGCGGCAGUGCAAGGACGAGGAGAUGGUGCAGAUGGAGAUCGAGUACCGACUUGUCCCCGCCCUUGUUGGUGGAGUUUUGAUGACUGGAGCGUUCUUCUGGGUUGGAUAUACUGCUGUUCCCACGAUCAGCUACCCUUUUCCCAUCAUCGGCACGGGCGUCUUCGUCUGGGGCAGCAUGAUGAUCCUGAUAUCCUACAUCUCGUACCUCUUCGACGCGUACCCACCCGCCGGGACACUCUCCGCCCUCACCAUCGCCGCAAGCGCUCGUAUCCUUGUCGCGGCCGCGAUCCCGCUCGCCAUCAUCCCCAUGAUCACAGCUCUGGGCGGCGACUGGGCCUACGGCACUUUCGGCGUCAUUUCCGCCGCGCUGUACCCUAUCAGCUUCGUCGUCUUCAAGUUCGGUGCGGGCCUGCGCAUGAGGAGCAAGUACAGUGCGCAGAAUAUCGCGAUGGUCACGCUGCGCACGCAUCAACGGGUCAAGUCCAUGCCUAUACCUGCGACGGCGUGAUUCCGUUGUGAAUGGGAGCACGAAUAUGUCUGUGUUCCUUUACAAGACCCGGGCUAUUUACUUGCCCUCUCUCGAGUUGCGAAUGCAGAGUCGAGGCGAAUGGUCGCAGGUUACAGUGUGCGGAGAUUUGAAACAGAACAAUAGAAUAUAUCCUGGUUCUAUGUUCAAAA